AUGCUGCUGGCGUACUGCCUGGACUACAACCGUCUGUCGGGCAUGUCUUCGAUGCAACAAUGCACCGUCGACGACCUUCUCAGUAAAAAUGAAGAGGACCUCGCCCAUGGUCUCCUCGACGUUUACGAACAACACCUGGCGGACGAAUAGACGUUUUUUCCAGACCUUCCUGUGGGAGUGGCACGACAUCCGAAGUGCCUCAACGACCUAUCUUGAAGGACCAACUUCUGACCUUCGUAGAUUUCGAGCUUUGUGUCCCUUUCUGUCUCUUUCUGCAAAGAGUACCUGCUGAACAUAGCGUUCAAUAGUAGUUGCAACUGCACAUAGAAACAUGUCGUUGCCAAGUAAACAUCGCGCACGCCGGGUGUAAAAUGCUGCUGUACAUAACGUUCAACUGUCGUCCAGCUGUACAUAACGCUGCCGCAUAUAUUGCGCCUUGGAAUACCGCUUUCUUUCUACAAUUUUUAUUUGGAGGGCGUGAUACGAUUGGUCCACUAGACGAGAGGAGGGUGCACUACGUGUGUAUCGGCGAAAAAAGCGGCUUUCAGUCAUAUUCGUGUAACCCCGGGUGGGGAUAGUGCUGAGUAUAUGGACAUGUUCAAUGGUACAUGGCGAAAAAUGUCAUAGCCUGGUUUGGUGUGUUGUUGUUUGUGUAAUGAUUUUGGAGUAAGACAAAGUAGCAUCGUAACUCGCUUCGCUCGCAGACACACUUCACGGGGUUCCGGACGCGGUGCAGUGUGCGGUUACAGUGCCUGUUGUGUGACUCGCUUCGCUCGAAGGCACUUCACGGGGUUCCGAGCGUCGUGCAGUGUGCGUCACAGGAGUGCCUGCCGUGUUGCUCGCAUGUACUCAAAGGCAGUUUGUCCGCAGCAGCGUCAUGUUCCCCCUUUCGAGGAGUUCCUUAUUAUGUGCUUCGUCAAACACCGGUGUGCCUCUCCUCUCCUUCUAUUGCACAAGGUGAAUAAUUGUUCGACCGUUCAGCAAGUGCAUACUCCCCCUCGACACGUGUUGCCCCACCUAAACCGUUGUACAGAACUCCAGGCCACACACCCGCCCACCCGUCUGGGGCGUAGUAUGACCGUCUUUCGUCCCACAGCGUAGCGUACGCAACUCCCCUACCCCUCACGUUAACCGUAACAGUGGCCGGUGCCUUUUGUCGCAUGUCGGCUGGAGCGUUGAUGGCAUCGAUGGGCGGUUGGAACGCCUCCUUGAGGAACUCUCUUGCUAACUCUCUGUCCUGCAAGACAUCGUCUGGUAACACGAGGAACAGGCCGUCUAGAGUUUUCCCCCUGGACACGGCGGUAUACCCCUGACCCUGGGCGAAGAACCCUCUAGAGGGAAUCCACACGGCCACCCUUUCGAACCCUACCCCUUGCACUCUGUGUACGGUCAUGCAAGCAGCGACCAUGAAAGGCCACUGCUUAACGAUGUACGUGCCGCUGACCGCUACCCCUCUGCAGUAAGGCACCCAUACCAUUUUGUCCUCGAAGGGCUGUAUUUUGACAGUGCUCUCCCUCCCCUUGCCACUCGUAAGCUCAACCUCGACCCACGCUGGGCGCUUAUGGUAGAGUAUGCAGUUGUCCCGUGCCCCAGCAGCAGUUUGUGGAGAGUCAGAGGGUGGUGAAUUCGAGCACAAGACAGAGAGACAGAGAAGGAGUACGAGCGAAGAGAGACGUACAGCAACUGCUGUGAUGACGAUUCAGUAUGUGAUGCGUGCGCGCAUGAUGUGUGGUUGUACCUGUUGAUGCACACGCUUUUGCUCCUCCAUGGAGGAGGCGGUUGUACAUCGACGCUGCUCUGCGGUUCGUAACCGAGAAGGAGCACAGCAGGUGAGAGCUGCUACGAACGCAAGAGUGGUUGCUACGCGGGCAUCCACGUGGUACUGCUGUAUAGCUCAUGGCAUAGCAAUCGUCUGCGCUAGUUACAGUAGCAGACAUGCAGCCCAGCAGCAACAGAUGGGUCACCUGCUGCGUUUCAAUGUUUCUAUGCAAGACUUAGUGCUGUGCCUGCUGGAUGUACUGAAUGCUGGUGUGAAGUAGUUUUGCGUUUUGGUUUUCCGGGGACGCGCCUCCCGCAGCCCAGGGCACAAAGAAGUGAGGCUAAGCCAGAUAUAUGUCC